AUGGAAGAGGUUUGGGUAGAAUUUGAAGAUGCUUCAGACCCUAUCAGGUUGGAAGGUUUAUACAUUGCUGAUAUAAAGAGAAAAGCCAGAGAUGACUUUAAGAAACUAAGAGAUGAGGGAUUAGAUUCUUUCAAUUUAUUUCAGCUUUCUUUACAAGGAGACAACAACAGAGUAGAAGGUAUUGCACUUGACUCCACAACCAAACUAAAUACUUUAGUAAAAACGUAUCAAGGCUCUAUUAGAUUACUGUUAAAGCUCAAGCAUAUUAAUAUCAAUCUCAAGAGAGGGAGAGAAUCAAAUGAUGUUCAACUUGGGCUGAAAAAAGCUAAUUUUGGGUCAAGUGUCAUUAAACUUCCAUAUGAUCCAUUUGCAAGAUCGUCUGAUAGAUCACGAUUUGAAUAUAAUGACGAUUUGGUUCAGUUGGUCAAUCGCACGACGACAAAAGAGUUGGAGGAAUUCAUUGUGGAUAAAGUUGGAAAAGUUCGAGGUGUCUAUGUUCAAGGUCCUCAAGGAGUUGGAAAGCCGCACUCCUUGUUUCAUAUCGUGAUGAAACUUCGUCUGGAGAAAGACAAUCGCGUCGUUUACAUUCCCGACUGCGGAGGAUGGGCAGGAUCUGGUAAUGGAUACGAGUUCUUUCUCGAAGCAAUCAUCUUUGCAUUCUCCAUCUCAAACGACGAUUUCAUCGACCAAUACCUCAAGAGAUUCAAGAUAUUAAAUACUGAGGAGUCAUUCACUGAAUUCUUGAAAAAUGUGGCCAUGCACUGCAACAACAAAAAUCUUCACAUAUACACAUUCUUUGACCAACACAACGGACUGUCCGAUCAGGACAGAACUACUUUCCCUUACUCCAUGCCCGAGCGAUAUCUGGUGGUCAGCGAGCACUGGCACCAACAUCUCACCGUUGUCUCUGGAUCAUCGAACAACGAGUACUAUCUUAAGGUGGCCAAGGACGGACAGUGGCCAAUCUUUCAGUUUGUCGUUGGCUUCAACGACACUGAGUUCAAAACUUGGAGGGAAAUCGAAUCCAAGAAACAAUUCUCUGACAAGUUGACAGAAGACCAUCUCGAAGAAAUCAAAUACCUGACAAAUAAUAUACUAAUAGAAGUAAAUGAAAUUUGGAAGAUUGCCAAUGAGCACAAACCUCUUGAUGUUUCUCAAGUGUUGUCAAUGUAUAAAAAUCAACGAGCUAGAAUGAUUACAGAUCAAGACGACUACUUCCUCAAGGAGUUUGUCAAGUUCACGGUGCAAGAGACUGAUUACAAGCGUGCGAUCUUCUUGAUGGACAUUGGCGCUCCUGCUACUGCACAGCACUCAAUCACCAUCAAUCAACAGUUAAUGUACAUAAGGAAAUCAGAUUCUCAAAUUGUUCCUAUCAUUCCAUUGGUUCAGACUACAGUCAAAUUCUCAAACGUCGUUAGAGGACUUGCAUUAGAAAAAUACAUCAUUGAAAUUUUGGAGACUUUGGUCAACAAGGACAUCAAAUGGGAGAUGGAUGAAAUAUACAUGAAAACCCAAUACAUCACCAACAAUCAAUUCGAAGGAGCGGAUUGGUCCACAAGCUCAUUGUUGGUGCCAAUCAUGCCAAACUUUAAAGCAGUCGAUUGGUUCUUUUGGGAUACCAAGAGCCAAACUCUUACAUGUUGCCAGGCAACAGUCGCAAAUAGUCACACAAACGACUGGAAGGCAUCCAAAGUCCGUAGUAAUCUUUACAAAAGCUUGACUAUUGCCCAUGAACAAUUUCUUUGGAUCACAACAAGAGAAUUCUCCCCAAACGCUGUCAACUUUGACAAACAGUUAAUCACUCACAUCACCAACCCCACAUUUCUCUCGAAUUUUAGUCUUUUGUCAGAAUAA